AUGAAUCGCCGCAGGGAAUCCUCCAAAGCCAGACGGCAAGAAUCUCCCGACCAGACGCUGGACAGGUUGAUUGAGAUAGAGCGACGCAUGAUGGUGGUGGGCCCGGAGGAGAAGUGGGUCAAGUUUUGCGGGUUAGAAGUGACAUGGCAAGCGGCCGGCUUGCUUCUUGGACAGCCGUGCUACGCAGCCUCUUUGUUGAAGACGCGCCCGGAAGUGCGAGGAACGCAGUUUCCUUUCCCCAAGGUGGAGCUCGUGGAGGAGCUGAACAUCACGGCAGAGGAGGUCCAUGCAGCUCAGUCGGUGGUUGGGGAGUUGCCCUGGUUGUCGGCAAGAACGCGACCAGAUCUCAGCUUUGGAGUGUUGUGGAUGGGAAGAAGGGUUACGAAGUCACCGAGGCAAGUGGUGAAGUUUGCGGGCCACAUGCUGGGAUACGUCAAGGAAGACGACCGGGUGGAGAUCCAUGCGGAUGCCAGUUUUGCACCAGAAGGAGGUAGGCGGGACUCAUUGGCUAUGCGGAGGGGCAUGGAUAUGGGGGAGGCGCUGACGGCGAUGAUCGAUCCACUGGAGGACCAUGCGAUGUCAGAAGAGGGAGAGCGGGUCCUCUAUGGUGAUUCCGAGGCUGGCAUCCAGAUUUUGCUAUGCCCAGAUGGACCCUUCAGGAAACGCCACUUGAGACUCCUUGCCUUUGUCUUGAGGGAGCGAAUCAAGAAGGAAUGGUGGAAGGCCCGUCACCUACGUGGAGAAGUUCUUGUGCCAGACCCCUCACCAAGGCAAAGUCAGAUGCAGAAAAGUGAAUGGGAGAAGUUCUACCUCCUGGCUGGGAUGGUGGUCCCAGAUGAGGAGAAAAGGGCUCCCUACUUCAAGAAGAUCAAGAGCCUGGUGGGUGUUAUGGCUGGACUCGGAAUGUGGAAACCAACUUCAGCUGAGCAGAGACGGAGGAGAUCUUCGUGCAUUGCUUCGUUGGCUGCAGGGCCCAACAUGAAACCAGUGGAGGUGGAAGAUCGCAAGAAGGGCCAAUGGGAGAUGAGAUUGUGGGAGUUGGAGGAGCUUCAUCGCCCACCAAGUGCCAUCCUCCACAUCGAUCAACACCUUUCCCUUUGGAGGCUCUGGGGCCAGAGAGAACAAUGGUGGCGUUUGUCUUCACGACUGAUGGCCGUGGAGGAAGGUGGGUCAGGAGCAUUUAUACGGACCGGUGGGCAUCAGGUGUACCACAAGAGCUGGAUGGCGGGGUGCUGGGGCAGUGGAAAGUUCAGGUUAGAACGUAAAAUGAUGCCUGGCGAGACCAUGAGGCAGCAGGGCGAGAACAUCACAAAUCCGGCCGUGGACCCUAGGCCGCCAUUGCCCAGGAGAAGAGCAGAGGAUCUUCUCCACAUGCGUCCUCCAGCUCCAAGAUACCGUGGGUAUCCCAUCACUGUGGCAGCUGAAGGAACUACAUCGUCCGCGAGCUCUAUCGGCGAUUCGAGAUCGAGGAGCUCUAUCCGCGAUUCGAGAUCAAGGAGCCUUAUCAGCGAGGCAACCCAUCGUGGAACGAGAUCAAAGGUGGCAUCCAUGAGUGGAGGAUUUAGAGAGGCUCGACAAGAAGAACUUCGGCAGGAUGCAUUGGCACGUGCUGGAGGAAACCUGGUGGACUCACCAACUGAACCACCGAGCUCACCUUUGCCACCGGGGUUGGACAUGAUGCGGCCGACGUGCAGAGGAGGGGCGUCGGGAUCAUCGGGAGCCAGAGGCCGGAUUGCUGUUCAAUCUCCAGUGGAACUGGGAAUGAGGCCUUGGACAGCAGAGGAUGUCGCGUACGGGUUCCAGCUGCUGGAUGGAGAUGGUGAGAAAUUGAGGAGGGUGGUCGGAUUCCCCAGCCAAUUGUUGAAGCUGGCCGGUCAGUCCCUUCCCAGAAUAUAG